CUGUUCUGGUAGCGCUCGCUCAGGUCAGAUGAUCCGAGCUACAUUGUAAAUAGACAUGAGCCGCUCACCGUAGCCUUCAUGGGCUCUUUAAAUCACCCAUGCGGAGCAGAUCUUUUCAUUCGGUUUUUGUUUCAUAACAGGUUAUUUCUGUGUCACUUUUCGGUUUGUUACAGAUAAACUAAAUCAUGUAUCGGUCUCUGUACGCCUUCCGAUCCGUGGAGCCCAACUCACUGCACUUCGCGGCCGGAGAGAGCUUUCUAAUCCUGGAGAGAAGCAACAAACACUGGUGGUUGGGGUCCCGCUGUAGCUCCGGGGAGACCGGCUACAUCCCUGCUUCUUACAUCGAAAAGAUUCAGGCUCCACAGCAAGACGAGGUCCUGCAGUCCAUCGAUCGAGCCAUAGAAGGGAUCCACAAUGUGGCCUUAAAGAACGGAGGCAAAUACAACCUGGAGCAACGAGAUGUCCUGCAAAAGCUGAUCCAUCACAGGAAAGAGACGCUAGCUCGGCGAAGUUCCUCCUCCAUCGGACACAAACCCAACAUCCCUUGUUCCAGCAGUGAAAUCACCCUCAGCCAGACCCCCCCUCCGCCCAACGGCCUCAACAGGGACUAUGGAAGACAGGGAGGCGUGCCGUUAUCAGGAAGCAUGGACAGCAUGCAGGGAGAGCCCUGCUGUUACCAGGUGCCCCCCCAGCCUCGGCGUGCUGCUCCCAUCACCCCCCCUCCUCCCGAGAAACAGAGAAACCAACGGCGUCCAGAGCCGGAGGUCCCCUCCAGAGUUUCCUCUCUGCCUGCGUCUCCUGCUCCCUCCCUGACCAUCAGCAGCACCUCCACGGAGUCCGGCUCCUCCCGCUCUUUGGCUUCCUCUGAUGUCAGUCUGCCGAGUGUUUCCAGCACUCCCCCUCCUCCUGUGCCAUCCCGCAUGAAGCCCUCUAUGCCAACUGCAGACGUGCCUCCGUCUGAAAAUCCUCCUGUGAGGAAAAGCCCGGCACCGCCACCCCCGCAGCACCCUGAGCCCACCAAACACACCAAACCCGACGCUCCCGUCCUGCUCAUCGCGCAGCAGAACCCAUCAGAGAUUACCGAGUGGCCCCCUGCCCCUGCCUCUGUUUCAGAGAGCCCACCUGGGAGCCCCGCCGCAUCGGAGCCGGUACCCAUGAGCGUUGGAGCAGAGUUAAUUGAGCUGGUUCGGAAGAACACGGGUCUGAGUUACGAGCUGUCUCGGGUCGCUGUUGGAGUGGUGGUGGGCCACCUGCAGACGGCUUUACCCCGAUCCUCCUCCGACUUGGAGCGUGUUCUCCUGACUCUGGUGGAGAGCAAGGACUUAAGUUCAGCGCUGCCGCAGGGACAGGUGUGUCAUGAUGAACAGCGUCUGGAGGUCAUCUUCAGCGACCUCGCCCGUCACCGUGAUGAUUCGCAGCAGCGUAGCUGGGCGCUUCACGAAGACCACGCCCUCAUUGCCUGCUACCUUGAAGAGCUGCUAAAGAUCCUGACUGAUGCGGAUCCAGAGGUGUGUAAGAGGAUGUGCAGGUCCAACCACUAUGAGAACGUUCUGUCUCUGGUUUCAUAUUAUCAGAUGGAGCUCCGCGUUUCUCUGAGGCUGCUGCUGCUCAAAGUGUUCGGGGCGAUGUGCAGCCUGGACGCAGCACUCAUCUCCACCCUCCUGAACUCCAUCCUGCCCAUGGAGCUGGCCAGAGACCUUCAGACAGACACGCAGGAACACCAGAAGAUGUGUUACUCAGCUCUGGUCCUGACCAUGAUUUUCUCCAUGGGAGAGCAGGUGCCAUAUCAUCACUACGAACACCUGAAUGCUGAUUUUGUUGGGUUCCUGUUGGGUGUGGUGGAGGAUGGCCUUCCCUCUGAUCCCACAGAGCAGCUUCCUGACAUUUUCCUGAACCUGGUGCUGGCCUUUAACCUGCACCACACAGCACCCAGCAACAAUGUGAUAAUGCAGCAGCUGAGACAGAAAAAUGUCAAGGUCCUGACAGAGAAAGUGCUGCUGCUCUUCAACCGAGGCGAGGAUCCUGUUCGUAUGUUUAAACACAACCCCCCUGCACCGCACUCCCUCCUCAAGUUUCUGCAGGAUGUUUUCGCCAGCCGAGAGACAGCUGACAUCUUCUACCGCACUGACAUGAUGGUGAUGAUCGACAUUGCGGUUCGACAAAUAUCUGACCUUUCACCGGGAGACAAGCUGCGGAUGGAGUAUCUCUCCCUAAUGCACUCUAUCAUUCGCUCAACGGACUACAUGGAGCACCGGCACCGCCUGUCGGACCUGCAGGGCUCACUGAAGAGGAUUCUGAGUGAGGAAGAAGAUCCAGGAGAGGAUGAAGGGAGCGCCACAGCCAAACAGAUGGAUAAGCUAAUUGUAGAGCAGAUCUACAAGGAGUUUCCACAGAUCCGUUGGAACUGACCGUAUCAGUGUUACACACACACACACACACACACACACACACACACACACACACACCAUAGUCUUCUGCAUGGGGGGUACGGUAAAACUUGAAAAGAGAAAGAACCGAAGUUUGAUGUCGGCACCAGCUGAGAGAAAACAGAACGGAUCCUUCUAGACUCUGCAGGGCAGCAACAUGCAUGUGAUGUUUCCACACCUUCUCAAUUCUCAGUUUAUUAGAAUAAUAAAAAAUGUAUGCCGUGUGUUUAAGGAAAAUAACAAUGCAUAUAAACUGUAACGGUUUCAUUCAGCUUAAAAACAACCAGAAUAAAAGCCAAAUCUUAAAUAGUGUUUUUAAAGUGAACCUUAGCAAUAAUCUCUGUGACUCACACGUGGACUAACUGCAUGAGCUACAGCUGAAUGGUACUCUAGCUAAACUAACAAAGUGGGUCAGUAACCGUGCUGUGCUUCCCCUGUAGUGGGACCAAACUGCAGUGUUACUAACAGGAUCAUUUUCUUAAAUAGUUUCUGCAACAUGACUUCCUGUUUCAUUCAUUAAUAUUACUUCAAAUUCAAGAGAAUUAGAGCAUCACGAACAAGUUUCCUUCUGACUCAUCACAACUAAAAUGAUCUUGUUGCUGCUGUACCUUUUUUUUCUCAAGUGUUGACUGGUGAUGCAGAAGUUCUGGUUUACAGACUGAAAUACAACUGCUGCACCCAUGCAUGAUGUGGAUAUCUUGGCUUUUCUUGGCCUGUUUUGCAGUAGCAUCGUGUGAUGGCACAUCAGUCAGCACUGCUCACUCUAUCUCGUGCUCCUGCUGAAAAUCAAGACGAGAACAAACCCAGGGCAUUUACGUUAGUAGUUUUAAUGUUCUUUCCUCCCUUUUUCCCCUUUCUGAUGUUGUUACUGAUCACCUUUCUGUGGUUUCUGGUUUAGUCCUGACAAAAGUUUUCUUCUUCAGAAGAACAAUCACAUUUUACUGUUUUUAUGUUCUGACUAAUAGUGUCUGUUUACAUGCUGUACGUGUCUGUGCUUGAGUGGAAACAUCUCCGUGGUUAGCAUCGUCUGCAAAAGUGCUGCAACUUUGUAAUGAAACUAAUAAAGAUAUAUUUUAACAGUGAAA